AUGAUCAAUAGAAAAACUAAUCUAUCCUAUGUAACCAAAAAUAUUUUUAGUCAAGAUUAUGAUUAAGAAUCUUUAUUUUAAUCUCCAUUGAAGUCUCCUGAUAAAUCAAAACAAUUUCUAAAUUAAUCUCCAAUGAAGUUUGAUAGUAUAGAUAACUUUAUGGAAAGUUAACAUAUUCUUAAAACUUAAAGACCUUCAGAAUUUAAUCUUAAGAAAAUGUUAUCUAAAAUAGAUGAUUUUGAAAGUACAUAGGAUACAUAAAAACCACAUAAAACCUUUCGUUUUAGAAAACAUGAAAAUUUUUAAUCUUAACCAUUGUUAAAAAUUGAAGUUAAAAAUGAUCUUGAAGACUUUUUCNUUAGAAAAUAUAGAGAUCUAUUAGGAAUUUCAAAGUAUAAUAAAUAAUAAAAAAAUAAAAAUAGUUUAAGAAUAUCUGAAGCUUAACCAAUGGAUAAUCAUAUAACUCCAGGUUAUUUGGAUCAUAUUGAUAGAGUAUCAAAAUAAAGAUCAAGAUCAAUGAAAUGUAAUGAUGAGAGUUUUUAAAGCAGAAAUAGUUCUUAUAGUGUCAAUAGAAAACUAUCUGAAAUGAACUCAACAAAGAUUUAUUCAGCUGCUGAAAUGAAUUAAAUUAUCAAACAUGCUAAACUUUGUGGAUUAUUACAUAAUAAACCUUAAGUAAAAUAUAAUUAUAUAUUAAUUAUAGCAUUAACCAUUUUUAGAAUAAAAUAGAAAACAUUUUGAAGAUGUUAGAAAUUUAUAAAAAAAUUGGCAUUAUUCUAAAAUUAGAUAAGAAGAAUUAAAUUAGAAAUUCAAUAGAAUUCCGAUGGAAUAACAUUACCAAUUUAAAAUAAAUAAUAAAAAGCGAGAUUUAAAUAUAUAAAGUUUGAUUUAAGAAUAAAAAACAUUAUAUUUAAGUCAUAAAGCAUAAACAAUAGAAGCAUCAUUAUCAAGUAUUCAAGAUUGA